GGAAACGGUUCCCCGCCGUGUGAUCGCGAGUCGCGUGUCCGGUGCACGUAGCUGAUCAUGCUAUCCCUCCCCGCCAACUGGGCUUUCCGAGGCGGUGUGCGGUGCUGGCGACACCGGGCUGUGCUCAGAGGGGCUCUGAAGGCCCCGGACGUCAACGGUGUCUGUCGGUACUCGACCCCAAUUCGUGGCGGUGUCGCGGGCAUGGAGGACAUACUGGCCAGGGUCGUUGCACCUUUGCCCACGUACGAGACGAGAGACAAGUACCCGCCUCCCCCCGAAUCCAACAGCCUGGAGUUCAUGCACUUCUACGCGGGUCUCGAAAAGGAGGAGAAACUCGGCUUCUUGACGAAGCUGUCGCACGACUUCGGAGUGGACCACAAAGGCAUCUCCGAGCUCGCCUUGAGGCUUUUGGACGCUCAGCUACGAGACUUGGCGACCAUUCUGCAAGUGGAAGACCGGCUGCGAUAUGGCCUGACACCCCGUUAUAAGCAGCUGCUCAACCAUAUAAGCAGGGUCGAAGGUGGCGUGAAGUUUCUGGUGGAUCUCCGAGCUGAUGUGCUGGAAAUGAUCUCAUCCAAAGCUAGCGAGACCCCGCAAAUAAGGGACCUGAACGGCACACUGAAGAGCCUUCUGUCCGAGUGGUUCUCUGUGGGUCUGCUUCGACUGGAGAGGAUCACCUGGCAGUCUCCCUGUGACAUCCUACAGAGGAUCAGCCAGUACGAGGCCGUGCACCCUGUAAGGAACUGGACGGACCUGAAGCGCAGGGUUGGGCCGUACCGCCGCUGCUACGCCUUCACCCAUGCCGCCAUGCCGGGGGAACCCCUGGUUGUGCUACACGUGGCCCUCACUGAAGACAUCUCUGAUAACAUCCAGAGUAUCGUCCGUGAGUUCGCAACUCUCGACUCCGAGGAGGACGUGAAUAAGAUCAACGCCGCCAUCUUCUACUCCAUCUCCUCCACACAAGCUGGCCUUCAAGGGGUGGAGCUCGGCAACUACCUCAUCAAGAGGGUGGUCCGAGAACUACAGAGCGAGUUCCCUCACAUGGCCCAGUUCUCCAGCCUGUCUCCGAUCCCGGGCUUCUCCUCCUGGCUCCAAGGUCUGCUCGGCCAGUGCAAGAAGGAAGGCCGGGGCUCCGACCUCCUGUCCGAGCAGGAGUGGGAGCAGGUGGAACAGGCCGUCGACUCGGCCCCGGGGCCUGCGGCCAUCGAGGCCCUCCGCAAGCUCAUCGCCACCGGCGAGUGGACGCGCUCCGAGCGCCUGACCCGCGUCCUGGAGCCCGUCCUGAUGCGCCUGUGUGCCUGGUACCUGUACGGGGAGAAGAGGCGCGGCUACGCUCUCAACCCGGUGGCCAACUUCCACCUGCAGAACGGCGCCACCAUGUGGCGGCUCAACUGGAGCGCCGACACCAGCCCCAGGGGCGUGGCAAACUCCUGCGGCAUCAUGGUGAACUAUCGCUACUUCCUGAACGAGACGUCCAAAAACAGCGCCCUCUACCUGCAGAACAAGGUCAUCAGUGCGUCGGAGCAGCUGGUGGGGCUGGUGUCCCAGUUUCAGAAGAGCAGCAAACUUUGACGAUGGAGACGAAUACAAAAAUGGGUGCGGUUGGUUGGCGCGUGAUAGCAUUCGUACGCCAACUGGCCGACUUAAUAAUAUAGUAUUUGACGAAGACACCGCUCAAUGGAUGUCCGCCGGUAUUGUUUUUUUAAUUGAAAUUAGCCCAUUGCUCACAUGACGCGUCUGUGUGCAGUGAAAAGGUUCGUGUUGAAUGUGUUUGAUAUUGUGUAAGUGCCUCUCAGGCUGAGGGAGACUGUGGCUAAUGAAGCACGAGGCUUCUAUCAAUGCUUUUCCAUGCUCUUGGAUAACUGUGUGUGUGUAAUGGUGAAGCAGGAGCAAUGAGGGAGUGCAGCUACUGGAAUAAAUGAUGUUUAGAGUCUUUAAUUUGUCUGAACUGUCUCACUGCAAAUAUGUUGAUGAAUGGGCGAUUGUCUUUUUUUUUUUUUUCCCUAGGGGACUGUUUUUAAAUUGGGUUAAUCAUUCUCACUAAAGCGUACUACACCAAGUACAUUGGAUCAAAAAGUUAGAAUUAUUUUAUUGGACAUAACUCUAAAAAAAAUGGAUUUCUUUUUGUCGAUUGUGCUCCUGCUGAUUUACUGGACUAAAACCUCCUGCUGCAUCAUU